UGGGUGGAGCGGAGUUGAGUUGACAUCAUAACAUUAUCCAAGAGAGAGACAGACUCCCCGUCUUCUUACAACACUUGGUGAUGUCACUUUACACUUGGACGCGAUUGACGGCGAUGCCUCUUUAACCGUUAUUAACCCACCGCUUUUCCGUUAUUAGCGCACGUGCUCUAGCUGCUGCCUUUUUUUGGUAGAUCUGAACCGUUCAUCUCCGUCGGUGCCGCCGGUGAUGUCGGAACCUGUAAAGUCGCUUGCUGUCUUCACCUGCACUGGAUCAGCGAACAAUAUACGAUAUUUCGUGUUGAAACAAUUACUUAUUCUAUAUGUCAUUAUAUCCACCGUUGAUGCUGGUUUUACGGAUAUCCGAAACGAUGCCCAAAUCGUACAUCAACAUAAGAGAUGGCUUUCGGACCGUGGUGCACCCAAGUUUGUGCUAGCACCAGCUGAACCACCUGACUAUGGACCAUUUGUGACCUCUGCCCACCCUCCUUCAAACUCAGAUUUCUCAAAUCCUUCAAUGAGGAAGAGUGAAGCCGCACCUCCUGUUGCUGGACUUACGCCUCCGACGUUAGCCGAUAUUGCUCCUAGUCAAUCUGGUGCUGGUACAUUUCCCACUGGCUUAGCCCAGCCACCGUUGUCUCCUCAUGCAUCCAAUUGUUGUGGACCUGAAACAGUGCUAAAACGGCACACUGAAGGGUGCCACUGUGUGUAUCCAAUAAAGCUCGACCUUCUUCUUUUAAAUGUCUCAUCGAGCCCAAACUGGAAUCAGUUAUUCGAUCAAUUUGCUACUCAACUUGGUCUUAACGUUUCUCAAAUUGAGCUAAUAAACUUUUAUUUACUCAGUUUAUCAAGACUUAAUAUUUCUAUGGAUAUAACUCCACAAACGGGAGUCAGUUUUUCUUCCCGUGAAGCUUCUGUGAUAAACUCUUCACUUUCUAUGCAUAAAGUCCAUCUAGACCCCAAGCUCGUCGGUGGCUAUGAGCUUCUUAAGUUAACCUGGUUCAAGUCGGUCGCUCCUGCUCUCGCACCUCAUGUCGCCACUACGCCUGCAAAACCACCUCCUUUAAUGUCUUCAACUCCAACAUCAUCGAACACUUCAAGUAGUGGAAAACGACUCAGUUUGAUUCUUGUUGUUGGAAUUGGUGCUGGAAUUCUUACGGUUGCUGUUAUUUGUGUUCUUAUACUUUGUUCAUGCCGACGAAAGCCUGAAUCAUUGCCAAAAGAAACGGUUAAGCCAAGGGUAGUGGAAUCUCUUCCAACUGCAGGAUCUUUUCAACAUCCAACGAGUACACGUUUUCUUGCAUACGAAGAACUGAAAGAAGCAACAAAUAACUUUGAACAUGCUAGCAUACUUGGUGAAGGCGGAUUUGGAAGAGUUUUCAAGGGUGUUUUAAGUGAUGGGACCCACGUAGCUAUAAAGCGGCUUUCUAGUGGAGGCCAACAAGGCGAUAAGGAAUUUUUGGUAGAAGUUGAAAUGCUUAGUCGGUUACAUCAUCGAAACCUUGUGAAACUUGUUGGUUACUAUAGCAACAGGGAUAGUUCUGAAAAUCUUCUCUGUUAUGAACUUGUACCGAAUGGAAGUUUGGAAGCUUGGCUCCAUGGCCCGCUAGGGGUUAACUGUCCGUUAGAUUGGGAUACUAGAAUGAAGAUUGCACUUGAUGCUGCAAGAGGACUUGCAUAUCUGCAUGAGGAUUCACAGCCUUCUGUUAUUCAUAGAGAUUUUAAGGCCUCUAAUAUCUUACUAGAAAACAAUUUCCAUGCUAAAGUUGCCGACUUUGGUCUAGCUAAACAAGCCCCAGAAGGCAGAGCAACUUAUUUGUCUACUCGUGUUAUGGGUACAUUCGGCUAUGUUGCUCCUGAAUAUGCUAUGACCGGGCAUCUGUUAGUCAAGAGUGACGUGUACAGCUAUGGGGUGGUCCUGCUUGAAUUGUUGACUGGAAGAAAGCCUGUGGAUAUGACCCAACCAUCAGGACAGGAGAACCUUGUCUCUUGGUCGAGGCCAAUCCUACGGGAUAAGGACCGUUUGGAAGAACUAGCUGAUCCAAAGCUCGGGGGAAAAUACCCGAUUGAAGAUUUGGCUCGGGUUUGUACGAUUGCAGCAGCUUGUGUAGCUCCCGAGGCGAACCAGCGGCCCACCAUGGGGGAAGUUGUACAGUCACUAAAAAUGGUACAGCGUGUAACAGAGUAUCAAGACACGUCAGCAACAACUACACGGCCCGCCCAGAAGCAAUCAUCAACCACUUUUGAAUCAGAUGGGACAUCUUCUAUUUUCUCAUCGGGUCCAUACUCGGGCCUAAGUGCAUUUGAUCAUGAUAAUAUUCCACGUGCAGCUCUCUUUUCAGAAGACCUUCAUGAAGGCAGAUAACCUGUUGUUCAUAUCUGAAUUUGACUUUUGGGCCCGGGUUGAAUUAAGUUCGGGCCCGUUUUCAAAUCAUGAUUAAACAUUUAAACCUCAUGCCCAGAAACAGAAAGAGGAAAGCGCUUCAAGAAUUGCGUUGUACAGUAGGUGUUGUUAUGGCGCUUUCCCCUUUGCGACGAACAUAAUUGUUAAAAGAUUUUUGCUAAGGAAUAGUUUCUUUGUUUAUGUGUUUUUACAGUCA